AUGCCUGCGCCUGCCGCGGCGCGUAAAGGAACAGGCCGCGCCUGCACGUCACCUGCUGCCCCUGCCCCUGCCUCUGCACCCGCACCCGCACCUGCCUUCUGGCCGUUCUUGCCGUUCUGGCGGCAACAAUCUCACCACCACCACCACCACCACAGCGCAAUUGGCCCAACCGCAACAACAACAACAACAACAACAACAACAACAACAACACCAUCAUCACCAUCCAAGUUGCCCGCUGACCGAGCCCUAUCUGCCACGGGCAAGAAGCCACGGUCAGCUACCCUCGACCACGACGCACCUGCAGUCAUCGCCCGCCGCAAGACCGGUGUCGAAACCCGUCGUCCGUUCCAACCCCCUGAGCACCACCGACACGACCGCCGUGCCGGCUUCAACUCUCCCGCGACGCCGGAAGCUUUCUCAAACCCCUCCCCAGCCCCAACGCAAGGAUUCGCCCUGGACGCGGCAGCGGCUCAUCGUCUUGGAGCUCAUUCUCGGCAACCUACCAGCCCUGUCGCUGUCACGCUGCUCGAAUCCGCUGCUGAACCAGCUGAGCCUGAGCCUGCUCAACCUGCCGCCGCCGCGGUCAUUGGUUCCCAGCCUCCUCCUCCACCCGCUUCCAGUCGUCGGCGAGACAACGUCAAACUCGCAAAGUCUCCGUUUCGAAGCCGUUCCACAGCAACUCCUGGACUCCCGGCCGGCCGUUUGUGGAACCCAACCAAUUCCACCCCUCGCAUCCCCCAGCAGCAUCGAAAACGAAGACCAUCCACGCCGCCUCCGCCCGCCGUUCCCUUGCAGCAUCCGUUGCUUGACGCAUCUGCGCUUUCGUCCAACCCUAUUGCCAUCGGGACUGGCAGCUACCCCCUUCUCACCCUCUCCGAGCAACGACAAUCGCGCCAUUCCGUUUCGGCACGCGCAAGCCUGCAAAUCGAUCGAAGCGGAUCCAGCCGCCGCCGCAUCAGCUUGCCACCAUCUGUUCGAGCCUCCAACGAAGGCGAACCGCCCCCGAACCUCAAAUCGAAAACCCUGGAGCUAGCAGCACCGGGACUCUGUACCGCCCAUUCUCCGGCUGUCGACGCCGCACCGGCAAGCAAAGGCAAGCAACGGGCAAUCAUGACCACUCAACUUGACGAAUCUAGAAGGUCGUUGCAAAGGGAUCUCGAGCGCGGACCAGAUGUAACGGACCCGAGAGCCUCCAAUGCUUCUGCUGCGGACGGCAUUGGGUCUGCAAUCUCUUCGUCCAAUUCUUCGAUUAUGGGAGAGGAUGUCCAACCAGACUCUGGGGACGAAUGGGGACCUCAGCAUCCCUGUUAUCCGCACCUGAACCCUUACGUGCCCCUCGAUUCGUCGGAAUACGCUACCACGCGGAUCAUUCGGGUCAAGAGGGACUGGCUUGUGGCGGGAGACUUGGCACCGACUUUUUCCAACCUUUACCCCGAGAUUCUGGACCCCGCUGGCGUUUCUGAACCAGAGUUUCGACGCAUCGUAGAGAAGCUCAACAAAGCCUUGACACGCAUUUUCGACCCUUUUAGCUUCCGCAACCUGCUGGACAGCGUGCUAGGACUUGUUACUGGCUGGUUAUGGGACGACUUUGGUCUGGCAGCUGCCAAAUCCCGUUUGAGGAACCUUGAAAAAUGGAUCGAGAAAUGGAAUCAAGAGAUGGAGAAGACGAUGGCGUCUGAAGAGGGAGUCGUUCCGCCGAAGCUUAUACCGCUCCGGCAAUCGGGAUACAUGACGCUGGAUAUACAAAUUCCGGAUCCCGAGAUAGCUCCAGCAUCUAGUAGUAUUCGGGCUGGUGAGUCCCGGAACGUGUUGCCAACGGAACCGCUGCCCGUCCUCGGUGCCUGA